AUGGGAGCUAUUGCGGGAGAAGAGAUGUCGAAAUGGGAGAAGAUGCAGGGAGUGAUGAGUGGUUGUGAAGAGAAGAUCCUUGUGUUACUGAGGCUUAGGCCUUUGAGUGAGAAGGAAAUUUCUGUUAAUGAAUCUGCAGAUUGGGAAUGUAUUAAUGACACUACCAUCUUGUAUCGGAACACGCUGCGUGAGGGUUCUACGUUUCCUAGUGCUUACACAUUUGACAGAGUAUUUCGUGGUGACUGUGCUACAAGGCAGGUAUACGAGGAAGGAGCCAGAGAAAUCGCUCUUUCAGUUGUUGGUGGAAUUAACUCGAGUAUUUUUGCAUAUGGGCAAACAAGCAGUGGAAAGACAUACACUAUGGUUGGAAUAACUGAAUAUGCUGUAGCAGAUAUUUUUGACUACAUAAAAAGGCAUGAAGAAAGAGCAUUUGCAUUGAAGUUCUCAGCAAUUGAAAUUUACAAUGAAAUUGUUAGAGACCUCCUCAGCACUGACAACACUCCACUUAGGCUACGUGAUGAUCCUGAGAAAGGACCCGUUUUAGAGAAACUUACAGAGGAGACUCUGCGGGACUGGGGGCAUUUGCAAGAGCUACUAUCCUUUUGUGAAGCUCAGAGACAAGUAGGUGAGACAUACCUGAAUGAAAAGAGCUCAAGAUCUCACCAAAUUAUAAGAUUGACGAUGGAGAGUUCUGCCAAGGAAUUUCUGGGCAAAGGAAACUCAACGACCCUGUCAGCUAGUGUAAAUUUUGUUGAUUUGGCGGGGAGUGAGCGUGCUUCACAGGUAUCUUCAGCUGGGGUGAGAUUGAAAGAAGGUUGUCAUAUAAACCGGAGUUUACUUACUCUUUCAACCGUCAUUCGUAAGCUUAGUAAGGGGAGACAAGGACACAUCAAUUACAGAGAUUCUAAGUUGACACGGAUACUGCAGCCUUGCUUAGGUGGCAAUGCCAGAACAGCUAUCAUUUGCACUUUGAGCCCUGCGCGGAGUCACGUUGAGCAGACUAGAAACACACUUCUUUUUGCUUGUUGCGCCAAAGAAGUUACCACUAAAGCACAAGUUAAUGUAGUGAUGUCUGAUAAGGCCUUGGUCAAGCAAUUGCAAAAAGAGUUGGCCAGGUUGGAAGGAGAGUUAAAAACUCCUGUUACCUCCAAUUGCGAUUAUGUAGCUUUGUUGAGAAAGAAAGAUCAGCAGAUAGAAAAGAUGGAUAAAGAGAUUAGGGAGCUAACUAAGCAACGUGAUCUUGCUGAAUCAAGGAUUGAGGAUUUGCUCCGCACAGUGGGAAAGGAGAAGAUAUCUAAAAAAGAAGAAGAAAUAUGGGAAGAUGACUGUUCAGUGUCAGAGUCAUCAAGCAUUUGCGGUCCCAAUACACGCAUUAGGGAGUUCAACAAUCCUCACUAUAAUGGUGGAGACAGUGGAAGUUAUCGAGAUGCUCUUGCUUGUACAGAAGAAGACCUUGAUGAAUACUGCAAAGAAGUUCGAUGCGUCGAGUUGGAGGAGUCGUGUAGAGACAACUCAGAAUAUCUCGAUCCAUCGGGAAAUGACAACGGGGAUUCGGCUUUGACAGUAUCUGGAGGGGAAAAUGGAACAAGCCAUGAAAUAUCUACACAUGUGAAUGAAGACAACCAUGAUGAACAUGUCAUGUCAGGAAACAUGUCAAAUCAUAGAAAUCUCAAAUUAACUAGAAGCUGGAGUUGUUCGGAGUAUCGCAUGACUGGUUCUCCUGAGACAGGAGAAACGGAGAGGACUCUAGCCAAUGGAUUUGAAAAAGGAUUUCCUGGAAGACCAGAUGGUUCGUGGAGAAAGUUCAAUACAUUAAAUUACGAUGGUUCCACAAGCUUUUCAAGGAACGGUUCUCAGUCUUCUAUUGGAAGUCAGUCAGUGGAUGAUGAACUUAUAGACAACAGCAUGGGAAUAUCUGGUGAUGAGGACAUUACUAGCAUCCAUACUUUUGCUGCUGGAAUGAAAGAAAUGGUUAAACUUGAAUAUGAAAAGCAGCUUGUUGAUGGUCAGGAUCAGGAGACAGGAAGAAAACUAAUGAAGUUUGAUAGAAAUGUGAAAGAUGUAGGCAUUGAUCCAAUGCUCGAAGCACCGGGAACACCUUUCGAUUGGGGUGAACAAAUAGACUCCAUUUACAUGGAGGUAGAGCUCAGAAGACUAUGCUUCCUCAAAGAAACAUUUUUUGAUGAUAACCAGUCUGAGAAAAACAGCCAACCAAUCACAUUAACUACAAGUGUGAAAGCUCUUCGGAGGGAGAGAGAAAUGCUUGUGAAACUUAUGCAGAAGAGGUUUUCUGAGGAAGAGAGGAAAAGGGUAUUCAAAGAAUGGGGUAUUGGAUUGAAUUCAAAGCGCAGGCGGAUGCAGCUAGCAAACCGUUUAUGGAGCAAUACAGAUAUGAACCACGUAAUGCAGAGUGCUGCAGUAGUUGCGAGGUUAGUUAGGUUUUCAGAGCAGGGACGAGCCCUCAAGGAGAUGUUUGGACUUAGCUUCACACCUCAACUCACACGACGAAGAAAUUCAUGGAAAAGUACCAGAGCAUCUCUUCCAUAG